AUGGCUGCACCGUAUCGUGAACAUGAACCAGUACGAUACUAUCAACCACUGCCAGCAUCCACGCGUGUUGUAUAUCCAAGUAACGGUUAUCAUUUGGACGAUCAACAAAUCAAAGCUCGUCAACAAAUGGCUCAUGUAAAUGUUGUUGUCACUCAACCGGGUCGAAGUGUAUGGGACUACGAACAUCCGUGGUCCACCGAACUGUGCUCAUGCUGCUCUGAUUGCAAGCAAUGUUGUUUUGCCUUCUUCUGUUCAUGUUGUUUUGAGUACAAAUUGCAUAAACGUGCGGGAGAGAAGACGUGUACAUGUUUAUGCCCGGGCUCGCGAUUUGCAUUGAGAUCAAAGAUUCGAACAGCAUUUCGAAUUCGAGGUGAUCUAAUCAAUGAUUGUUGUACUGCAACAUGCUGUCCGUGCUGUACGUCGAUCCAAUUGACUCGCGAAUUACAUUAUCAAGGACUUUGA